CUUGCGUUUGAGACAUCGAUGUGAAGUGUGGAAGAAAGUCACGUUCGCCGAAAUUUUCAAAGUGAAAUCAAGACUGAUAGAAUCGUCUCGCAUAUGUGAAUUUUUUCAACAUCGCUAUAAAAUUCUCCUGCAAACCAGCGGCUUCAUAUUUCGAAGAAAAGUGUGUCUUCCUCUUCUUUUCAAAAUGACGCCUACAUUCUGCUGGGUGUUCCUGCUGGCGUGCCUGGUGGGCCGCGCCGCGAGCAUGCCGCAGCCUCUCGUGGUGGACGCCUGCGCCCUGAUCUGCAACCCCGGAGCGGAGACCGAGUCCGAACGCGAGCGGGAUCCAUCCCUGUAUCCCCGAUAUCCGAAGGUGGACUGUAGCCGUCAGUCCGACAAGGAUGAGAGCCAGGCGUGGGUUAUCACCAGCAACUGCUUGAAACUGUGCAAUGUGGAGUUGUCGGUUCAACUGGAGGUUAAUUGUUUCGCUCUGAGAUCGUCGCUCGGAGCGAACCUGGGUUGCUACUGUGAGGCUCUGACACCCCUGAGCCCGAACACGAUCCGCCUCAACGAGGAUUGGAAAAUGAACUUCUUGGUGAAGGAACUGUCGAACGACCUCCUCAGCAUCGUCACUGACUCGCCUCUCGAUGAGCUGAUCAUAUGCGAUAUUCACAAAGAAUUGUUGAACAAUACUAAGCUGGCGACAAAUAAAUUUAGCAAUUGUUAUCCCAAGGACGAACCUGUUAACGAGAAAAUAAUAGAGACAAAAGAAGAUAAAAAAGAAGAUGGAGGAGAAAACAAACAACAAGAUAAAAAACAAGAAGAAUCGGAACAUCACAUUAGUGGAAAACCCGAUAUAUUUAGACCUGAUGGAUCACCAGGAUCAGUGGAUGAUUCAAAACACAAAAUGGUAAGACGAUCGACAUCAAGACCCGACUCAAGACCAAUAGAUGAGGUCGUAACAUCUCGUGACGAUGAGGAUGAAGAGGAGGAACAAGAAAGAGAAAAGAAAGUAGAAGUAGAAGUAGAGGCAGAAGAAGAGAAAAAACCGCAAGGUCCCACGGAAAAAGAAGAGGUUAAGAUGCCUCUUCCCGUAAACGGAAAUCCAGCGCCGGAAGAAGCAACCGAAUGCGAAUUAUGCUUGUCUAAGUGUGAGCGUCCCGAUUAUAAAGGCGUAUGCGACUGUAAGAACAUCAAGGAAACGUGUGCCAAAUACAUAAAACAGCAAGUAAGUUGAAUUUGCACAGCUUGCGUAGAUUAAUCGGUUCAUGAUGACUCGUUACGUUAAAACCAAUUCUAGCCGUAAUCGGGAAGACUCGUCAGAAAGAGAUGAUCAUUUAAAGCAUGUACAAUAAUAUUCUUUUUGUUACUUGAAUUGAGUCUAUCUAAUUUCGUGAUUCUUCGUUUAUAAAUAAUUUUCAUAGGUUUCAUAAAUUAAAAAAAUUAUUAUUUAGUAAAAUUGUAUGAUUGUGUGAUUUUAGGAUUUGCUUAAUUUGUUAUUAAAUGUUAACAACGUUUUAUUCUAUAGCAUUAUAUAAUAAUAAUUACAGAGCGUCAAAUAUAUUGGUGAUUAUUUCGUUUUCGUCAAAAAGAAAAAAAAGGAAAGAAAUUUGCUAUUUAUAUACAUAUUUUUAU